GUAACACCAAGUCGAUGCCCCUCAUUCAGGCCAUGCCCACGCCCACGCCCACUCCGACACCGACGCCGACACCCACGCCCAUGCCACACCCUGUCGCCGUUCGAGUCCAGCAGGAUUAUCAUCAGCAUAACCAGAGCCCAAUCUUCAAGACCUAUGCCAAGUCCAUGCCCGUGACGCCCAUACAGCUUCAGUCGCCGAUGGAAGAGACGCCCUCCUACGAGCUCUACGAACGCCACGCCCGCUCCGACGCCACAUUCCACUUUGACGACGAUGUAGAUGUGGAUGAUGACGACGAUGAUGUGGAGGAUACAUCAUCGCUGGCCAUGAUCACACCGCCGCCACCCUACGACACCCCCUAUCUACUUUCGAGAAGAACCUGCAACAGUGCGGCGGCUCUGUCGCCGCCGCUGCCGCCUCCCCGCAGAUUCCGUUUCGGCAAUCGGGAGUUCUUCAGCAUGAGUCCGGGUGGUGGCGGUGCCACGCCCACAUCCACAUCCAAAGGCAGCGCCAUAACACCCACGAAACUGAGCGCCGCUGCGGCAGCCAUGUUCGCCACCCCACAAAUGGCCCAGCUGAACAGAAAGUGGGCGCACUUGCAGCGGAAGCGGCGACGGCGAAACAGCAGCUCCGGCGACUCCAAGGAGCUAGACAAACUGGUGCUGCAAUCGGUCGAUUGGGAUGAGAAUGAGAUGUAUUAGACACAAUCGAUGCACAGAGACUUAAUCGAGCUGCAAAGCUGAAAUCAAGUAUAUGGUUUAAGAGUGCUGAUGUUGACCCUGUCUACAUCUGAGAGGGUCUAGGGCUGAGGCUGAACUGUUGCUAUUACGUAUAUCCUUCCCCCUUCUCCACUUAUCCUCGCUUGUCCCUAUCCUCCACCCAAGUCCAUUUAUCGAGCGUAAGAUGAUAAUAGUUUGCAUUUUUCCGAUAGGCGCUGGAUGAGGAUAUAAUUAGAGACAGAAGCCAGAGAAAUUAUACACGAAAUUUACAGUUAUAUAUAGCCUAUAUAUACCCAGUUCUGCUGGCAUACACAUGCAUCAAAUACGUAUAUAUACGAUUAUAUACCAUACACAUACUUGA